AUGGAGCUUCCAUUGUGGGAACAACAUGCACGCGUGAUGGCAUUGUCCGAUAAUGCCAGGUUUUUUGUGCUUCUUCGUGUCAUCAGAUUUUCUGAUGGUCCCAUCGUAGAGUUCAAGGGGAAUCCUAAACUCGAUCGUGAAACGCAGGAUUUCUUCGUACUCAAGGGUGUUUCUUCCAUAAUUCGAGGGUGGAAUUGA